AUGAGACAUUCUUUCGCCGCGCUCCUCGGCUUGGCCGCAAUCAUCGUGGACACGGCCUCGGCAUGUGGAGGUUGCAACAACCCGCUGGAAGCUGUUGUACACGAACGCAAUGUUCGUCGAAUGCAACCAGAAGCCAGUGGUGCGGUCAGUGGCCCCAAAGCUGAGUUGGAAUGGGGCCAGUUGAAUUUCAUGCACACCACCGAUACGCAUGGCUGGCUUGAAGGUCAUCUCAAGGAGCAGAAUUAUGGCGCUGAUUGGGGUGAUUUUGUGUCCUUCUCCCGUCACAUGGUUCAAAAGGCGGGAAAUCUUGGUGUGGACCUCUUGCUUGUUGAUACUGGGGAUCUCCACGACGGCAAUGGGCUUUCCGAUGCCGCUCUGCCUAACGGUGUGCUGUCAAACCCAAUCUUUGAUGAGAUUCAAUAUGAUGCUCUGACUAUUGGUAACCACGAGCUUUACAUUUCCGAUAUCGCGUACGAGACUUUUGCCAAUUUCAGCAAAGUUUGGGGUGAGAAGUACAUCACUUCAAAUGUACAGAUUGUCAACCCUGCUACGGGUCAAUUGGAGUACAUUGGUAAGAAGUAUCGUUACUUUACCACACCACAUGGACUUCGAAUCAUGACAUUCGGCGUUCUUUUCGAUUUUACCGGCAACUCAAAUGUGUCUAAGGUAAUUAAGGCUGCAGAUAUGAUCAAGCAAGACUGGUUUUUGGCUGCAGUCAACUACCCCCAGCCGAUCGAUCUCUUCCUUAUCAUUGGCCACAAUCCAGUCAGAACCACUGACUCAUCGAGUACAAUUGGUCUGCUUCAGAAAACCAUCCGAGCCAUGCGUCCAGAAGUGCCAAUUCAAGCAUUUGGUGGGCACAGCCAUAUCAGAGACUUCCAAGUCUAUGAUGACAAGAGUACCGGUCUGGAAUCUGGACGUUAUUGUGAGACUCUCGGCUGGCUUUCAAUGAGUGGUAUCAAUUCUAGUACCUUUACCGGAAACGUGAAGCCGAGAGGCGUUGCCAAUCCAACUAGAAAAGCUACCAACACUUCAACUUCCGGUCUGGUCUACUCCCGUAGAUACCUAGAUUGGAAUCGCUUGACGUUCGAAUACCACGCCACAAAGUCUCAAGAGAGUACUUUUGACUAUCAUAGCGGUCUCCGAGUUACGGGUGAUAUUACUAAUGUUCGCAAGAAGCUCAAUUUGACCUCGCUGUAUGGAUGUGCACCUGCUACUUACUGCGCCAGUUGUCUUCCAUUCGGCGCACCGGGCAACAUCAACAGUCUCAUUUCCACUGCUCUUGGUGAGAUUGUCGUCAACCCUUCACGUGCUACCACUCCUCGAUAUGUUAUCGUAAACACAGGUUCAAUCCGUUUUGACCUCGUGAAAGGGCCUUUCACCUAUGACGAUUCGUUUAUCGUUUCCCCAUUCAACGACGCCUUCCAGUAUAUCAAAGACGUUCCUUACGACAUGGCACGCAAAGUCCUCGCAAGUAUCAACGGCGCACCUCUCCCCGACAAACGUGAUCUUUUUGACACCACGCCUCGGCUCGCCGAUAGAACCUGCGCCGACCCAAUAAUGUCCCAGAUCUCCGGCGUCACAAAGAGAGAACCCAUCAUCCAACCCAUCACCCGCCGUCAAACCAUCGUAACUCCCGGUUACGUCACCAAGGACGACUUUGGUACUGACGGAGACGAUACUGUGCACUCCAAAAUCCCAUCCUACGCCCAGCCAAACUACGUACAAGGAAAUGGAUCAUUCCCUACAACCGGGACACCAGCAACCGUAGACGUGGUAUUCCUCGAUUACUUCGCUACUACGGUGGUAAAGGUCUUGAAUGCCAUGGGAGGAAGUUAUACAUACGCGAAUGACGUUUCGUAUUAUCUCGAUCCUAGCUACACUACGCAGAAUUACCUUCCAGAUUACGCGAAGAAGUACUGGCAGGCUAACGUUCCUAAUUGUCCUGUAGGACAGGGCGUUGGAUAUCCGGACAAAUAG